AUGAACUAUCGGCGUGUAUUGCGUGUGACCAGCGGUUAUCUGCUAUGGACUACUUACCAACUACGUGGUUUGGAUCCAAAAAGUCUUCGUUUCCGUCUAUCGCUAUGGAGCAUCUUACAUUUCAUAAUAGUGGCCCUUAUAUAUGCCGUGUCUUUUGGUCAUCAUUUUGAGCGGUCAUCGCUAUUGAAAAUCGCCUUGGAUUUGUCGCCUUUUUUAAAAAAUCUCAUGAUACUCCACAUAUGGUUGGGUCUAAAGGUUUUCAUAUUCUGCAUUAUCGAAUGGAGAUCUCUGACAGGCGUUCUCAAUGGUUUAGUGGCCGUAUUGACAAUGAAACCCGAAAGCGAAGAAGGAUCGCCAAGGAACGAUUGGCGUAAUGAGCUUUUGACUUAUCUCCUGUUUUUCAUCACUUUAACCGUGGCCUUUGGCUUUGGUUUGUACAUAGCCAUUGAAAUGGAUUUCGAAUUACCUCCUGCCGAUCAUAUAAUGAUAGCUUUGGCCUUAUUCAUACCACAUUUCAUGUUGGCCGGAUCUUUGAGACUUCAUAAUUUAAGCAUAUGGCUUAUACGCCAUGAAUUGGCCGGUCUCCAGCUUAAGCUUGGAUUAACAACCGUAGAGGACAAGCAGCCAGUUGUUGUAGAAAUUAUUAAUCCUGUCCUUAAGUCUAACGAGGGAGCAGUAGAAAUGGCCACGAAUAUACCCAGUGAAGCUGUAACUCUGGAAACAUAUGACAAGGUGCUUAAAACCAUUCAAGCCAUUGCCAAUUAUUUGAAAUCAUGGAAUGGGAUUUUGCAACGACAAAUGUUCGUCCUUAAUGGUCUUAACUUCAAUUGUCUGCUAUAUGGAAUCUUUACUCGCAUUUAUUUCGAAAAAACUUGGCAUCUUGUAUUCAUUGGAAGAAAUCGUCGAGUAUUCUAUGCUGCUAAUUACGUGAUAUUUGCCUGUAUUUCCAUGGAUUAUCAUCUACUUAUUAUCAUCCAGAUGUUAUUUGACAGAAUGGUGAGUAUUUGUUGUUAG